CUAGGGUUCCUUCCACCAAGAGAGCAAAGGGGAUCGGGAGUCAGUUAUGCGCCGCCGCCUGCCGUGCGCCCAUCUCCACCAUCUCGCCGUCGCCGUCGCCGUCGGAUGCCUCGAAUGAGGAUCCUCCGGUGCUUGAGCAGAGGCGCCCAAAUAAGCAGCUCCCCCUUUGGGAGCUUGCAGCCCCCAAUCGAGGCAGCAGCAGCAGCUCCUCUCCGAGCUGCGACCGGCAAUCGAAGCAAUCAGGCGGCUCCUCUCCGAGCCGCAAUCCGCAAUCGAAGCAGCUCCCUUUUUAGUGGCUAAUCCGGAAGCAAAGCAGUCCUUUCCGGAUUACAGUCAGAAACAGGCCCUCUUUCGAAUUCAGUCUCCGAGUUUCCAUUGCCGGCGGGAACCUAGCUGAUAUAUACUGUAUAUAUCUGGCCUGGCGACAACCGCGGUACCCGCCAACAUCCUGAGGAGACCAAGUCGCGGCAACUCGUGAGCCUUCAGCUUGCCGAAUUUCGGAGGAGACUUGCAAAAUCCAUCCGAAUUCCGGCGAUGUCGAGCUCUCUUCGACGGCCAGCGGCUGCCAGACCCAUCUCCAAACCAUCCGCCAAGGGCCUCAACAGCCAUAACCGAUGGUCCUCUCUAGCCAAUCUGGCUGAGGAAGAAGAUGAAUCGGACCGGCUCAGCAAUUUGCCUGAGGGCGUGUUGCUCGAUAUUUUAGGGCGACUUGACAUCGCAGAUGCUGCUAGAACUAGAAUCCUCGCCAGACGGUGGAAGGAGAUUCCUACCAUGCUCUCCAAUUAUUUUAUAACAGUUGGUUCGUAUGACGAUGAGCACAAUAGAGGGUUGACCUGUGAUGAUGUAGCUCGGGCCAAUGCCACCGUCCUUGGAGCAACCAGGAGCUUGCUGGAAAGCAGGACUAGUACAAGCCUAUGCACCUCCAUUAAGCUCCUGCGCGUGCAAUUCUUCUUGGGAGAUGGAGAUGUUACUAGUAUCGGCCAGUCUCUUGCCAACACCAUGGCAAUGAACAAGGUUGGGUCAGCGGAAUUAACUCUCUUUACAAUGAAGGAAAGCACACGAUGCAGAAAGGACAAUGUUGUCACUUAUGGGAUGCAGUUUAAGUCAUUUUUUGACGCCUGUCCAAAGGCAUUCAGUGGUCUGGCAAGACUCAAGCUAGAAAAUUUGAGGCUAGCUGAAUCAUCGGGCUUCCCUGAAAUUCUCAGUGUAUGCAAGCAACUGGAGUUCCUCCGCCUGUAUAACUGCGACAUGGGGUACCUUUCUUUGCUAGAAGUGUCACACCCACUACUCUGUGAACUCGAGAUUGUCAAGUGUGAUUUUGAGAGGGUUGAUCUCGUGUGGCUACCAAAGCUCACAGUGCUGACUUAUUCUUGGUGGGUCUGUGAGCAUGAUCCUUUGUCUUUUGAUUAUGUCCCACUGCUCCAGACUCUGAGCCUCACCAGUAUGGCUCUUGCACGGCACAAGGUGCUCAAGUUAAGUGACUUCCUUGGCAAAGCCACCGUAAGCGACCUGCAUCUAAAUUUUCUGUGUGAAAAGAUCUGGGUUAAACCAGAAGAACCAGAUCAAUUGUUGCAGGUGUUCCACAAAUUAAGGCAUGUGACUUUGACCCACAUCUCUGAAGAAUGCGAUCUGAAUUGGACAAUGUUCAUUCUCCAAGGUGCACCGUACCUUGAGGAGCUAUGCAUCAAGGUGUGGGAUCAUCCAUGUGAUAUUAUAGAGGAUGAGAGGCUUAGGAAGAUGUAUGGGUUUAGCGAGGACAAGAAGGACGCAUGUGCAGUGUGGGAAGCGCCUGCAGAUUUCAAGCACCACAAUUUGUCUGUGCUCAGGGUCUUUGGGUUUCAGUGCGAGGAGAGGUUUGUGAAUUUCGUCAAAAGUGUCAUGGAAGCAUCGGUCGCUCUGCAGGACAUAUACUUGUGUGAGACGCCGGUGUGUGCGGACUGUGAGCACAUGAGGCAGAAUGACAGAUACCCGCGGACAAGCAAGCUUAGGACCAUGCUUAGGAACAUAUUUGACAGGGGGAUGUGCUCGCCUCUGAGGAUUCAUUUCCCACUUUCAAGAACAAACUGAAGGGCUCCCUAAUUGCAUUGCUGACUGAAACGCAGAAGGAAGGCAAACGAUGCAGAAAGGACGAUGUUCUCACAUAUGGGAUGCAGUUUAAGAAAUUUCUUGAUGCCCGUCCAA